AUGGCAGGUCGAGAAGAGGUUUUGAAACCUAGCCGCCAUGAGCAUGGGCUCCGUUUGAGGGAAGGACUUCUACGUUACAGAUGCAGUGGAUGCCAAGCCCUUGGAGCCGACGUCGGAUAUAAGUGCGGAUCGUGCCCCAAUUUUGUGUUACACAGGCCCUGUGCUGAUUUGGCUGAUGAAUACAUCCAUACCUUGUUUCCUGAUCCAUUUAAUUUUCGCCGCAAGACUCGUUUGCGGCACGGCUGUGACGCCUGUGGAAAGUUACUUCGAGGCUUUGUGUUCCAGUCUAGCAAUGGUAUGAGGCUUCACCCGCUGUGCAUGGUGGUUCCCGUGAGGUUCAGGCACAGUGGUCAUCGAGAUCAUGACCUGCAGCUUGUUGUACAGGAGGAGGGAAAAUACAAAUGUACGAAGUGCGAUUGGCACAAUAGAAUAUGGAAAUAUCGGUGUAGUGAUCUUGAGUGUAGAGUCAGGUUCGACAUGAACUGUGCUAUAGUGGAUACUCUUCGUCUAUCCGAUCAUGGCAUUACGCAAGUUUAUAAGCCAAGCAAACUCAGACGUGCUUUGGGAAUGACUGCAGAGGUGGGUAAAGUUGCUGGCAGCGCCUUACUAGGAGUCACCCCUACUCUUAUUGCAGGUAGAGGAGUUGACAAUAAUGGAGGAGGUGACCAUGGAAGAGAAGGCAGCAGAGGAGAUUCAGGUGGGAGAGAACCCACUCGUCCAUGA